CCGGAGCGAGAACAAGGAAGCGACAUGUGCUGAGAGUGAUAUCAAUCCAACACAUCAUCAGCACGGAGGAGAGACACGCAGCCGCAACACGAGAGGGAGUCGAGGACACGUUCACUGUCCGCCGCUGUGUGUGUUGACGCGCGACAGCAGGUUUCGUUGUCACCUCCAGUGAAACCAGCACCAAACCUGUACUACGAGGCAGGAUUUGUCGGUGGUCGACAGAACGUCCUGCGAAGCUCGAUCGCUCCUCACCCAAAUCACCAUGACAUCAUGAAAAGAGAGGUGAAAGCCGGAGUCAACUUCUUCAAACGCCUGCUUGUGGCACGUGGCAAACUAGAUGAGACCAAAGCAGGGUUGUUUGCCGAGAAGCUACAGAAGCUUUUAUGUGAAAAGUAUGUUGAUCACUGGUACCCUGACUGCCCCAGCAAAGGCCAGGCAUACAGAUGCAUCCGCAUAAAUAACGGAGUACUCUGUGACGACGUGAUCCUGAAGGCAUGUGAGGAGAGUGAGCUCACACCCAGUGGGCUGGGCGUACUGCCAGAGGUCACCGUGUGGAUCGACCCACUGGAGGUGUGCGCAAGAUCUGGAGAGAACAGCAGGCCCUUCAGAAUAGCCAGCUUCGAGGAGGAAAAGGAGGAUGAGGAAGGAGGCUUGGAGGGAGAACAGGAUGACUCUUCAGUCGAUUCGACAAACCUGGAAACAUCAGAUUACCACUCUGCCACCUCUUCAGAUUGUGGCUCCGCCGCGUCGAGUGACACAGAGGAGGAGGCAAAGGAUGGUGAGAAGGAGGUCGUCAAGAAGGAGGAGGCAGCAGAAGGUGACACCUUCGCGAUAGCCAUGGUGCCCAGGAUUCGGAAGCCCCAUGGAGAAGGACCAAAUAAAGUCAAAUACGUCAAAAAUAUGCUCCCUGCAACCCUCCAGUACUUCUACCACCCCGCACCAGUUUGGCCUCAGUACAAGAAGGCCGUCCCAGUGUUCCUCACCACGGUGUGUGCGCCUCCUCCGCCACCGCCCCCUCCGCAGGUAUUUGGCUACUACAUCUUGCCGCAGGCGCCUCCGCAGUUCAUCCUGCCUCAGACUACUCUGCAGCCGUGGGGAGCUGUGAAGGGUUAGACCGUCCAGGAACAGCGGGGUGAAGGCGGAUAGAGAAUUAUAAGCUCCUUCGACUGAACCUGGGCCAAAGAGAACGUUUCCACUGUAGCUCAAAGUUAUUCCUUGCACAACCUCUGAUGAUUCUUCCUUCCUUUUGAAUACUGGUGACUUGUGAUUGAUUGCUUGUACCUAGCACAGAUACCACUUGAAUGAAAACUUAAUUUUUUCUCUUUUUGAAUCCAUUAUCUCUGCACAGCUAUUUUCCUACGUACUGUACACGUUAAGUCACUGGGUGCUUGGACUAACUCAGGGACUCUCAACAAUAUGCUCAAUGCCAAGUAAUUGUCUUUUUAGCUGUUUCGUCUCUCAUCAGAUGUGGUUCUCUGUGUGUACUUCUCAGUUUAUCAAUGUAAAAUGUGAUUCAGGGUUUUAAUCUAUUGAAAUGGCAAUAUCUGUAUAUUAAGAAGAAUAUUUUUACUAAACUGCUUGUAAAUAAUAGAGAACUUACAUACCAGAUAACCUGAUGCACACUUUCUAAUAUUUCUAACCAUUUCUUGUAAUUUAUUGGGCCACCAGGGGAUGGCACUAAACUCAUAGCUAAUACAUGAAAUUGUAUAGUUUUCAAUCACAGUGGCUGCUGAGUAUUGCUGAUCUAACUUCACAGAACACUGGUUUUAAAUCGUUCAAGCUUUCUGCUGUCAGAAAAAAAUGCAUGUGUUUGCUCCUCGUUCAGAUGUGUCUAAUUGAUGGCCUGCUUUUCUAAAAAGUUUUUGUUGUAAAUAACUAUAUCCUAAAUACAAACUGAUUUCAAUUACUGUUUACUUAUGUACUGAGUUUAUACAGUUACUUGGAUGCAUGUAUUUAUGCAACUUUGUGUUUUGCAUCAGUCCUUUACUUUUUUACUGGAGCAGAUUAAAUCCUCUUGAACCUGUCA